AUGAAGAGCGCCGGGGCUUUCGGCUGCAUAUGCCAGCAGCUUGAAUUCACGCGCUUUGGUCUCAAGAGAACUUCUGGAAACCCUUCCGCUUACCGAUACUUCAUGAUGCGAGGCUUUGCGCUGGCUAUGUUGGCCGUCCCUGCUUUUGCUUUUGGUCUGUUCAAGGAUAUCGACGUGUUGGAGCUUGAUGAUGUAUGUGCUGCACCUCGAGGAAGGUGUGCCUUCAGCGCUAUCCAAGUCCGAGGACAAAGAGAUCAGGAUGUGGCGCUUUUGAUGGAUGAUGAGUGCAUGGCGUUUGAUGCCGAGCACUAUGCCAUCAGUAUCGCGACAACCUUACGCGAGGCGACGCCGGCAGUGCGCCCUUCAAAGCGUCCGUGA